ACUACCGGUAGGACUCCGGCCGCCAGGCAGCAGUGUGCAUCAGUCGAUGAAUGAAGAACAGCUCUCUUCAUCUCUUUAUCCAUUCAUUGAACUUGUGGACGACCUUUGGCAGCGUGUGUGGAGCAGUACAUGUCAGCUCACUCUUCACUCUGCCAGACUUGUGUGUGCCAUGUCAGUAUCAGUGAUCAUAAAGUGGGGAGGUCAUGAGUACUCCAUCAGUUCUCUGUCUGAGGAGGACACAGUGAUGGACCUGAAACAGUCCAUUAAGACUCUGACCGGGGUGCUGCCAGAGAGACAGAAACUACUAGGACUCAAGGUCAAAGGUAAACCUGCAGAGGAUGAGGUAAAGCUGGGAUCUUUGAAGCUGAAGCCUAACACUAAGAUCAUGAUGAUGGGUACCAGAGAGGAGAGCCUGGAAGAAGUUUUAGCCCCUCCCCCAGAGAAUGAUGACGUGGUCAAUGAUUUUGACAUCGAGGAGGAAGUCAUCGAAGUGGAGAACAGAGAGGAGAACCUGGCUAAAAUAGCCCGCAGAGUUAAAGAUUACAAGGUGGAGGAGCUAAACCCCCCCAGAGAAGGAAAGAGGCUUCUAGUAUUGGAUGUGGACUACACACUGUUUGAUCACAAGUCAUGUGCAGAAACGGGUCAGGAGCUGAUGAGACCAUAUCUUCACGAGUUUCUGACAUCAGCCUACGAGGACUAUGACAUUGUCAUCUGGUCUGCUACAAGUAUGAAGUGGAUUGAUGCCAAAAUGAAAGAGCUGGGAGUGACAGACAACCCAAACUACAAGAUUACAUUCAUGUUGGACAGUGCAGCGAUGAUCACAGUACACACCCCUAAGAGAGGCGUUGUGGAGGUGAAGCCCCUGGGUGUGAUAUGGGGAAAGUAUGCAGAAUUUUACAACAGGAAGAACACCAUAAUGUUUGACGACAUUGGACGGAACUUCCUCAUGAAUCCGCAGAAUGGACUAAAGAUUCGACCGUUCAUGAAGGCCCAUCUUAACAGGGAGAAGGACAGGGAGCUGUAUAAACUGGCUCAGUAUCUCAAAGAAAUUGCCAAGCUUGAUGACUUCAGUGGUCUGAACCACAAACACUGGGAGAGGUACCUAUCUAAGAGGCAGCACCACUGAGCAGGGACUCCAUCCUUGGCAAAGACUUGGCUGGACGCUGCCAUCCCAUCAUCCAGUUCUCACACACAUUCACACAUACAUGACUACCACACAGCCCUCAUUUCAAACCUUAUGACAGACCUAACCCUCCAGCUACCAGCACUCAAAAGCUCAGGACUGAGAUGGGAUUCCCAAAUUCUAUACUUGCAUGUUCUCUGUCUCUCCUGAAUCUUGCACAUUCAAAAAAAUAUCAUUUGCCUUUUUUACAGUAAUAAUGGCAAUCAGUCGGCAUGAUAAUUGCCAACUGUGUGGAUUCAAAACUACUUAUAGGUUUGUGAUCCACAAACGUCUCUCAGUCUCAUACAUGUUUUCUGAAACAGCCACAGUUCAAUGUUACCUGAAAAUAUCUGAAUUCCUUCAAACCUUCCAGAUGGAUGUGGUGUACAGCAUGAAUGUGAAAACAUACACAUACACAUACACACACACACACACACACACACACACACACACACACACACACACACACACACAUACAUACAUACAUACAUACAUACAUACAUACAUACAUACAUACAUACAUACAUACACACACACACACACACACACAUCUUUAAGAAAGAAGGUUUGAAAAGAAUGCAAUUUGAAAUAAUUAGUAAAUUAUAUGUUUAGGAAAUGGGGAUAUAUCCACAGUUUACUGCAACGACAUCCAGCGAGUCUAUGGCACAAUGUGUUAAGAGUAAUGGUCCUUGAGUAUCAAACUGACACGUGACCCUCACAAUUUGAUAAUAAUAUGCAAUAAUUCCCAAAGCUACUGACAUUAAAAGCUGCUGAGCUCGAGACUGGUUGUAUGUGCACGUUUUGAUGGAGAACUUGUUACUUGUAUGCAGGAGUCACUGGACACAGACCUGUAGGUUGGAGGAUGUUGUAUGUAUACUGUAUACAUGCAUAGUACUGUAGGUACAUAGAUGGUCAGGUUUCCAUGGGUGAAUGGGUGGAUAUGCAUAUUAGUUCUAUUUUUUGUGACGUUGCUUUUUGAUGCAGAAUUCAUUAGGUUGAGUUUAGUUUGAGUUUUUUAUUGAACGGUUUUGGUAAAUUAAAAUGUUAGUGAAUAACGGAGGAUGAGGGAAGAUGAUGACGAUGAUGGGAAGGCAAGAAAGUGACAGCACAAAAUGUGCAUUUUACCGUUUCACUAAAAUGAAUGUUUCCACACUUAUUGUCAACUUACAUUUGAAGUUGUGGAUGAAGAAGGGGAAGUGUCAGGGGGAAGAGGAAGCUCUCGUCAGGUUUACAGCUCUAUCGGACUAUGACUCCUUUUCAGUUCUUGAAUUGAAUGAAUUCUUAAGAUCUGCCUUCAUCACAUUCCUGACAUCCUGGCUGUAAAUAUGACAAUAAACCCUUUUUGUACCUAA